GCGCCUUUUCAGUUGAGACGGCUUCCACGCGGGGGGAGUGGUCUACGCCUGUACUUCUCUUUGGCGGCCUCAGUGCGCUUUGGCCUACCGUGCACUGGCUACUCAUUUGUCACGCGGGACGUGAGGCGGCCGGAGCGUGGCUCCUGCUCGUGAUUGUGGCUGGCUCCCUUGCGGCACUCGUGUACAGCCGAAGCAUACCCGAGCGCUACAGACCGGGACGCUUCGAUCUAGUUGGCAACAGCCACCAGCUGUGGCACGUUCUGAUCUAUGCUGCUGUCGCCGCCUACUCUGAAGCUUUGGUGACGGUUUUCGCGCUGACAGCUUCGGCGUCCUUCUGCGUGUGA